GAAGUAGUUUAGCAGUUUUGGUUGGAAUGAAGUUGACUAUGGUAACUCUCCGUAAAUGUGGGAAGGUAGAAAGUUAACUUUUGCCCUUAUUUCCUUGCAUGGGUCAAAGGUAAUUGUUUUUUGUGGGCGGAAACCUGGUCUUGUCUGUAGUUAGCAUGGAGUGGAUUGGGUUUUUGUCUCAGCUCAGCUGUCCGGUAAGCAUGUUGGAUUAGGAAAUUCUCGAUUACUCGAAGAAAAAAUUGUCAUCUACAUGAGCCUAAGCGUUCUGCCAUGAGAACUGGGCCGAGACCCACAAAAGAGCUACAAGCCCACUGACCCAAGCUCUUGUUUUGGGCUUAGGCCCUUCUCUUUUGGGCCCGUCGCCUGUGUGAUCCGUUUGUGAUUUUGCCUUUAGGAAAGGGACCCAUUCCCUGCCCCAAAAGCACUGCACAUCCUUUCAAACAUUAAUUAAUUACAUAAUUAGUCAUCAAGUGCUAACUUAACUAACUUUUUGGCCACCCCGUUAUACUCCACCUACCACGCGCAUGUUAGCAUUCGGCACCACCUUAACGAACUCAAUUAUAUCAAAUUUAAAAAUAAAACAUAGUAAUUUCUUGUUCGGCUUCUGUCGACUGUCUUGGGCUUUGUCCAUUGAUAUGCAAACAAACAAACGAACUCCUCAACCAUUCUCGCAGACCCGUCUUACCAAUUCGGAACCUACCUUCGGAGCCCCGACAUCCCCAACCUCAACCACCACACUCUCUGUGGCAAUUUUGGCUUGACAGUCAGAGUUUGUUGUCGAAAUGGUUAAAUCCGCCAAGUCUCAACUCGAAGAAGAAGAGCAAUCCGAUGAUUACGAUGACCUUGUCGCCCAACACAAUCUCUCCUCAAAAGGGGAAUUGAUGAAGGUAGAUGGGAAGAGAAAUGAACAAAAGUCGAACUCGUAUAGGUCUAAACAUUCAGAGACUGAACAACGUAGAAGGAGCAAGAUUAAUGAGAGGUUUCAAAUUUUGCGAGAUCUCAUACCUCAAAAUGAUCAGAAAAGAGACAAGGCUUCAUUCUUGUUAGAGGUUAUCGAAUAUAUUCAGUUUUUACAGGAAAAAUUACGGGUACAUGAGGGACCGUACCAAGGGUGGAGUCAGGAGCCAACCAAAUUGAUGCCUUGGAAAAAUCAUCAAGGACCUCCAGAAAACUUUGUGGAUCAUUCUCAAGUUAUUAAGAAUGGUUAUUGUGAGAAUAAUGUUGCACAUAACUCAGUGGAAUCCGACUUGGGCACAUCUUCAAUAUAUGAGGCACUGGAGCAUCCCUCUGGGACGACCACUCCUGCACUUCCCCUUAACAUACAAAUACCGUCAAAUAUGUAUGCAACUGUUGGGAACAGUGCCAUGCCUGCUCAAUGUCUGCAAGAAUCUGUCCCUGAUGCUGCAACUAUGGCUUUCCAGUCUCCAUCCCAGCCGUGGAAGGGUAGACCACUUUUAUGCAACCUUGCUGUUCCGGACAAUUCAUCAAGUGGACAGGAGGAUAUUAACAUUGAAAGUGGAUCAAUUAACAUUUCAAGUGCCUAUUCUCAAGGGCUAUUGAAUACGCUGACUCAAGCGUUGCAAUCCUCGGGUGUGGAUUUGUCGCAAGCCAGCAUCUCUGUUCAAAUUGAUGUUGGUAAAAGGGCGAGUAAUGGGUCAACUGCUAAGGCAUCCAGUUCAAAGGAUCAUGGAAACCAACAUACGAGCAAUCAAGUAUCGACACAAACUAGAGGUGGGAGCCAGUGACAACUCUAGUAAGGCUCAUAAAAGAUUGAGAAGAGAAAAAAGCUAGUAUUCAACUCUGGUCAUCGUCUAUCUAUACAGUUUGAUCAAUUGAUUCGUUCGUUGGGAUGAGGUGUUCAUUUUUGCCAUGUCAUGGUCCACAGAUUACUCAGUCCAUGUCAAUUGUACAUGUCUCUGUAUCUUGGUUGUCAGGUUACAUAUUUGCGUGGAUUCUCCAAUGGGAAGAAUUAGAGUCAUAUGGUCAUUUGCUUGUGUUGGGUUUGGAAAUAGGGAAUCUUUCAAUGAUGAUCUUCGUUAACUUAACCUGAAUGACGUC